CUUCAGUGUUAAGUGAGAUAUUGUAGAACAAAUGGCAAAGGCUAGCGAGUAUAAGCUUGUCGAGCAAUGUGAGGUUGUUCCUAUGAAAACCAAAGACACGUCCGUUCCCCUCUCAUUCCUAGACUUACAUAUUUCAGGUCCUGCAACUGUGACGCGUCAAUUCUUCUAUCAAUUUCCACAUACCACAAGUCAUUUUUGUGAAACUACACUCCCCACACUCAAACAUUCUCUCUCACUUACACUUCAACAUUACUACCCUCUCGCGGGAAAUCUCAUCUCUCCACCGCCACCCCAAAACCCUUAUAUUCUAUGCACCCAUCAAGAUUCUGUCAUCUUUACCAUCUUUGAAUCCCAUGCAGAUUUCAACCAUCUCUUAUCCAAAUAUCCCAAAAGCCCAUUGGAGUCAGAUCCAUUGGUUCCCAAGUUGACAUACUCGACCCUCCAUGAUGAUACCUUCAUCUUCCCAAUGCUGACAUUGCAAGCCACAGUUUUCCCCAACCAUGGUCUUUGCAUUGCCAUCGAUUAUCGCCAUGCCAUCGAUGAUAAGAGUUGCAGUCAUUUCAUGAGGGCUUGGUCUUCCAUUUGUCGAAGCGGUGGCAUUGACCUCACACCUGUGGAGAAGUCACCACCAUGCUUUGAUAGGGAAGUCCUGAAGGUCCCCAAGGGACUCGAGGCCAUAUUCAAAAGAGACUACCUUGAAAUUAGGUCAACUUGGAAGAAAAAAGUUGUUGGUCAAAGUCAAACUGAAGAGUGCGCCCAUGUGGAUGAAGACUAUGUUAAGGCAACGAUUGUUUUUGAAAAAGAUGAAAUCGAGAGGCUGAAAACAAGGGGGCUGAAUGAAUGGAAAGAAAAUGAUGAAUUUACAGUACCAAAAUAUCUAUCAAAAUUUGUGGUAACAUGCGCUUUCGUGUGGUCUAACUUGGCUAAAACAAGAUAUGGAAAGAAUAAUGAACAAGUACAAGAAAAGAUGAAAGAUGAGUUUAUUUAUUUUGGUUUUGCCGCAGACUGCAGAGGUCGCCUUGAAAACCAUGUGCCAGAAACAUACAUUGGAAACUGCAUAGUCACGUGGCAUGCAGAGCUGAAGAUAAAGGAGCUAAUGAGAGAAGGUGGUUUUCUAAAUGCAGUCAAGGCCAUUGAAAUAGCAGUAUCCAAUAUGAAAAAAAAUCCCUUUGAAGGUGCAGAAAAUUGGAGUGCAAGGUAUAGAACUAAGUUUGAAUUAGAAAGUACAAUCCUAGCUAUUUCAUCGCCAAAGUUCAAUGUUUACGACACUGAUUUUGGAUUUGGAAGACCUGUCAAAGUGGAGAUGCUCCAUCCCUCCAAGUGUAUGUCUCUUGCUGAUAGUGGAGGCAAGGAAGGAGGAAUUGAGGUUGGCUUGUUAUUCAGGAACGGGGAAUAUGAGCAUUUCAAUUCUGCAAUUCAACAAGGACUUGUUGAAGCUAUAAAAAGCUAAAUGUAUUUGUGUGGUUCCUACUAAAAUCAAACUAAAUAGAUCU